AUGGAUGGCCAACUUGGUGUAAAUGGAGGAAAUUUUCUGGUGCCCUGCUUGCUGGAACGGUUCCUUGAGGUGGGAUCUGCGACGGAGAGUGAAGUGCCACUACAGGUUUGUUCUGUUAAAGCUGGAGGAAUGAUGUCUCUAGCCAUUGAUAAUCUAGGUGGCCUUUGGAUGUGGGGCAGUUGCCCACUAGAAAGCAGCAGCAAUGAAGGUGGGUUCUCGCUUGUGAGCAGUUUCACUCCAACCCCAGUGUGGGAUUUUUAUGGCCAUACUGUUGUGAAGGUGGCAUGUGGAAAUGAGCAUGUUGUAGCCCUAGUUAGUGCUGGAGAAACAUAUAAAGGCGAAGAUCUCGUUUGCUUCUCUUGGGGAGGUAACAACCAUGGUCAGUUAGGCUUGGGGGAUAAAGAGUACAGGAAUCGUCCUGCAAUUGUUGAAGCUUUUAACCAGGACUCUCCUUUCGCAGUUUAUGAGGUAGCAUGUGGGGCUUUUCACACGGCUUUGCUCACCCACAAAAAACGGCCAAGUGACACAUUAGAAAGCAUGUGCUGGACGUAUGGCCUCGGAGAAAAUGGGCAGCUUGGGCACGGAACCACCCAAAGUGUAUUGUCUCCUGAACCUGUGAAAGAAUUGCCACAAUACAUAUAUUUGGUGUCUGUCGACUGCGGCUUAUUUCACACUAGUGUUGUUUCAUCUGCUGGAGAUGUGUGGUCAUGGGGAAUGGAGAAGGGUCUUGGUCUAUACCCAGAUGCCGGUUAUGCUGGGGGUGAUACAGGGGAUGCUGUUUCUCCUCUACAGAUUAAUGGAUUGAAUGGGCCUAGGUUUCAGGAUCCAGUCCAAGUUGUUUGUGGAGCUGCUCAUACUGUUCUUGUUGCAAAUGAUGGAUAUAAGCUUUGGUCUUGGGGGAGAGGAAGGAGUGGGGUUCUUGGAAAUGGUAAGACGAUUGACUGUUAUGCUCCCACUGUUGUCUUGUGGCCUCCACUUACAGAGGAUUUCAAGCAAGAAGAACUAAAUACUGUUCAUAAGGAAGCUACAGCUACUAUUGACGAUGGAGAUAAAAUCGGGGAAAAGAAUUCUACAAGAGACGCGGAAACAGAGAAAAGGCUGUCUUUGGCAAUGAAAGAGAUGAAGCUUCUUCAGUCAAAACUUUCAGUGAUGGAGAAGUACGCUGGCAUACUUCAUGGCUCAAUAUUUGGAAAACCCAUGGAAGAGCAGGAUAUUCCAGUCUCAUUGCAGAACUCAGGUGGUUAUGACAUUACAAGGGAAUGGGAGAACAUGUUAGAGUCAGCAGAUCGUGCCAAGCUCGUCAGGCUGGAAAAGUUCUACCGGAAUAUGCUUGCCGGUGUGAAAGAUAAGCAAAUGAAGAAACGGAUUCAAGAGAUGAUAAAGGAAUGCCUGAAUUCUUCUACAAUAAACAGAGGUAAGGGAGAUGUGUAA